GUAGUUCAUUAUCCUGUUAGUGUCCAAGCUAAUGAGCUAACUGUAAGUUAGCACGCUACUAGAAGUAAAUAGCUCGGUACAGAAAACGUUCCAGUUACUAACAAGCCCUACAAGUAGUUCCUAUGUCACCAAACUUGUAUUUCGCAAAGACAUGGUACAAAUGUAGCUGUGUUGUGACCAGGCCUUAACUAUAAAGGGUCGGUAGCUAAACAUGUUGGGAUCCAGGGCCUACAUCCAACUUAAAUUUGAUGCAUCUCUUACCUUUACAGACAUAAACGAGUGCCAGUCUUCACCUUGUGCCUACGGUGCCACCUGUGUGGACGAGAUCAACGGUUUCCGCUGCAUCUGUCCGCUCGGUAGAACGGGGGCCCGAUGCCAAGAAUUUAUAGGUGUUGGGAGGACUUGCCACUAUGCUGGGCUGCAGUUUCCCCAUGGCAGCCACUGGGAGGAAGAGUGCAACAGCUGCCAUUGCAUCAAUGGCAAAGUGGACUGUACAAAGGUGCUGUGUGGUCAGCGUCCCUGUCUGCUCCAGUCUCCAGACCAGGACCAGAAACAGCAGUCCUGCCCGGCUGGACGAGAGUGUCUGGAGCACAGCUACCUGACGUGCUUCUCUCCCCCUUGCCAACAGUGGGGGGUUUGUUCCAUGGCUGGACCCUCACCUCCACAAGCAACCACCAAGUGCCAGCCAAACACCGGACAUUUGGACAACAGCUGUGGCCGCGUGACACUUGUCUUCAACAGAGACAAAGUACCACCAGGAACAACAGUGGAGAACAUCUGCUAUGAGCUGAGGUAUCUUCCUGACACCCGAAGCUUGUCAAAAGACCACGCCCUACUGCUUUUGUGUGACCUCUCUCGUUCCAAUCAGGAUGCUGUAGAAGUGGCUAUAUCUUUCCAGCCGGAGGAUCUACCGGACCACAGUCUGAUCCAGGAGGCAGCCAGCGCUAUAGUUGGCACCUUGUCCAAGCGGCACAACAGUACCGUGAUGCUGGCAGUUAUUGAGGUCAAAGUGGAAACACAGGUCAUGCCCCCCUCAGUCGCAGAUUACCAGGUGCCUCUACUAUGUGUGGUGUUCUGCUUGCUCUGCCUGUUCUGCAUUAUCGUAUGCGUUUGGUGGACGCGCAAACGGAGAAAAGAGCGCGAGAGGAACUCGCGACCAGCUGCCGACGACAAUGUGAACAACCAGUGGCAGCCACUUAGGCUCGUCGUGGGACGUCAGCAGCAGCAGCAGCAGCUGAAAGAAAGCAACAGGGACGCCGAGCAGGAGCGCAAAAAGCUCAUGGGCCCCUAUCGGACGUGUGAUGAGGGGGAGGAGGAGGAGACGGAAGGCGAGCUUGAGCUCGAGGAGGAGUGUGGUGGAGCAGAGGCGGGAAAGCAGCCAGUUUAUAAGUACUCCAAGACUGCAGUGCAGUCCAGUGGGGAAGUGAUCUGUACCAUGCACAGUUCCAGUUCACCCCUCAAAGCACCCCACCGGACCCCAGGCUACAGCCCCAAAGACAACCGCUGGAAAAAUGUCAGUGCCGUCUUGACCGGUCAGAAAGACCUCAAAGACCAUUGUGUAUAAGACAUUUAAACAAAGGACUCGCAAUGUGGAAGCGAGGGAAGCUGCAAGGCAGCAGCUAUUCUUCUUUUUGGAUUACUUUUGGGAAGAAAAAAAGGCUUUGUGUUUUAAUAAGCCGCUCUUUGCUUUGUUUUCAUGUUUUUGUCACUGUCCCCUGAAGUACUUUUUGAUUCAGGAGGCUAGAGCACAGUGAACAUCCUUUUUUUUGCUUCUGUGUUUACUUAUUUUUCUUUAGUUAUGUACAGAAGGGGCUGACAUGUUGUUCAAGAGGCUAAAGAAGCUCUCUGCAAUUUUUGUUUAUGGAAUUGUACCAUUUUUGAAAACGAUGAAUCAUCCAAAAGGAGGGGAAAAAAACCAACCUGUAUAAAGAUGUAUGUUUGUUUACAGAUGUUUGAUUUUGUUAAAUUGUCAGCGGGCUCCUGUUCAAUGUGGGGGGGAGGGGAGGGAGGAAGGGUUUUGAGGGACAUGGACUGCUGUUACAGCAACAGAGGAAGACCUCCCUUUGCUCUGUCUCGUUCCAGCUUUGCCCACCAAUCCACCUGUGGCCGUCAUGCGCCAGCCUUACCAAAACACUUGGCCUGGAGUGGGGGGGAGAGGGGACAGAAACCCCAGUGCCUACUAUGUGGCCUUCCAUUUUCUUCACCUGUCUCUCAGUUGUCUUGGCUGAAAGCUUUGUUUGAGGAUUUUUUUUUUUUUUUUUUUUUUUGCAGUAUUUGAGUUGGUAGCAAGUGCCUUUCUAAGGGCCGCGUCGAGGCUCCGAGUCGCGCUGCCCAGUUUGACCUCCUUGUUCUCAAAUCUCAAAGGGAAGUGUACAUUAGAGAGUUCAAUUUCACAGCAACGCCAUUCAAGGUAUUUGAUCAAAACAGAAAUGAAUACUCUGUACAUAUGUGUAAAUACUAAAGGAGUCGCUGUGUAUAUUUGAAAUAAGUAACUUAAAGACAAGUCACACAUUUUUAUUAUUAUUAUUGUUGUUGUUAUGAGUAAUAUUAUUUUUUAUUUUAUUUUUUACAACGCCAUUCCUUUUAUUUAUGCCAGUCGAAAUGGGCACGUUUUAUAACGCUUCAUAUCCAGAGUUCCACAGUUAAGAACCUUUACAAUGAGGUACCACCUGGGAAGGCAUUUCUGAAGGGUUUAUCAAUGGUUAGACGUGAGGACACGUUUGUUUUUGUUUUUUUGUUUGUUUUUGUGACUAGCUGUCACAUCGAGAGUUGUGGCUAUGUCUUUAGUGCUUUUUAGUUAGGGCAAAUCAGUGAACCCUAGUACCCUUACCAUGAAAUACCUGGCCAAAGGAUUGCCACGUCCAUUAACAAUUUUAAUGAUAAAAAGCUUUUUCCAGGCUAUGGUCCAACAUAAUUGGAUCUGGUCUCAGUCUUCUAUCAGCCUGGCAAAAUUAACCUAUUGAUCUUAGUCAACCGUAGAUUGACAGCAAAACAAAUGAUGGCUCGGAUAGUUUUUGGAUACAAAGAAAUCUCAAUUCUUUUGCACAUAAUUCUCUCUAUUGAAGCAAACCUGUAUUAAUAUUAGGAAAGCUGUAUUAAUGUAUCGUCUGUGUUCGUAGAAUUUCACAGUUCCAUAGCAAAACAGAUUUUUAACAUGGUCAUAUUUAAAGGGUAGGUCAAAAAUGUGUCAAAUUGUGCAGAUAAACGGCUGCCGCGCUGCUCUUUCGCGACGGAAACUUCGAAGCAAGUCGCCGUUAUGGCCACUCGUCAAUCGGUGAUGUCACAGUAGGCCUGUUGACUCACCCUUUGUGACAACACAAAAAGGGGGGGUGUGCCCUAGAAAUGCAACUUGCUCCUGCUUUUCUGCCAGUUUGGAAGCAGAGCAGCCGUCUACUUCUACAUUAUUUGACCCGGUCUUUAUCACUAGUCAUUUUUAAAUAACUCGUCACUGAUUAUGGUUGUUUAAUCAGGAUUUGGUGAAAAACAAAAUUCAGAAGUAGCUUUUGGCCGACAGUGUUGCAAAGCUACCAACAUUAUAGCCUUAAAAAGUUCUCAAGCCAUUUCUAAACCCGUCACGAAUCCUUUUGUUUCAGGUGCCUUAAUGUAAUAAGUAAUGCAUUAUUUGUGUAUCGAUGGUCAUCUUUUUAUGUUUUGUUUUCACUACUAAGGAAAGUAACUCUUUGAAACAUUGUGUGGUGUAUAGUGGCGUGUUUUAUUCGCCUGAGUAAAGUGCUCUCCUUGUCUCGCUUUGCUGUCACGGAGAUUGCUGGAAUACAACACUUUAUGGAGGAUUAAAAAAAAUGAAUCAGUCCACCGUGACUCUUUUAAGUGUCAUGAAUGUGGAUGUCAGUAGGUCAAAUGUUGACGUCAUUCAUUAGCUUCAUGUUUGGUUUAAAGGCUUUAAUGAAGGGAACAAUAUUUGCAGAUGUCUUUGCUACCAUGCAGGUGUUUUUUUUUUUUUUGUUGUUUUUUUUCCCCCCAGUUUCUUUUUUUGUUUUUUUAAAGAUACCAACUCAGUUCAAAAUGACCGACUUUUUCAUGUCAUUGUCUCAAACCGGCAUCGUAUUUUCUGUAAAUGGGACACAGCAAAAUAAAGAAUUAAAGAUG